AUUUUAGAAAGAACUUCAUGAUUAAUAAUAUAAACGUUAUAUUAAUUUUUCUUAUUUCUUCUUAUAGAGACACCUAAAAUACAUUCAGUACGGCGUAAUGGCUCAUCCAAAAUCAUGGUUUCAUGAUACUACCAGUAAGAUGUGCAUUCUGUUCCUGAUCGUGGUUCUCGCCAAUGACGUCAUUGCAUACGAUUCUACAUCUCUAGAAGAUUAUUCUUCUGAGUCUGAUGAGCCAAGAAGGAUCAACGAUCAUGAUAAUGGCCUUCGAUAUUACCAACGCUACAGGAAUAUGGAUGAAGCCACUGUCAAACGGGCACUGACACUCCUGGCUCGCUUGAAACCUCCAUACGUAGGAAUGUCCGGAAUCAAUACUCGAUCUGAUAUAGUCACACGAGGGGGAUUUGCAAGGCCUCUUGGGCAACCUCUGAGAUGGGGUUAAACUGUUUUACUAAUUUUCAAGCUCCUUGCCAAAUGUUUCGCUUCAUCAGAUCUUAUUCUACCGAAUCGUUAAAAGGAUUGUUGCAAAAAAAAAAAAAAAAAUACUGGUGAUAAAAGUGUAAUGACUGAAAAAGCUGUCAAUGACUUGUUCUAUUAUAAGAGUAAUAAUAUGAUGUCACUUUAUGCAAAAAUGUUUUUUUUUUCUCUUGUUCUAUUAUAAGAGUAAUAAUAUGAUGUCACUUUAUGCAAAAAUGUUUUUUUUUCUCUUGUUCUAUUAUAAGAGUACUAAUAUGAUGUCACUUUAUGUAAAAAAGAUUUUUUUCUCUUAUAAACAUAGGGUCAUAACAAAGCAAGUCAAUGCAAAAGCUGUUAUUAACGAUAUGAAUGACUUAUUCUAUUUUAAAUAGUAAUAGUAGUUUCUAAUAGUAGUUUUAAAGUAGCAAUUAUUCUAAUAAAUGGAAAAUGUGCGUUUUAAAGUUCACCAAUGACGUAGUUGAUUCAAAACAUGGAGUAGAAAUAAUACUAUUUAACGCACAAGAUUAAGAACUGUUAUAAAAUUAGAUUUAAAAUAAAAUCUGAAAAACUGAGAA